CCCAUGAUUUCCUGACACAGGCAUAGCAAACCCGCGAGGAGCACCCGAGAGCGCGAAUCCGAAGGGUCUAGCGCGGAGAAAGAGGGAGGCAGGACCACGAAAGCCGGUCAAAAUGUUAGUGUGCUCAGGGCUGGGAUCCAUAUCGUGACCGGAUGGUGUCUGCGCGUCUGACCACACUCGUGUCGUGAAUUCGCCGUCGCCUACUCCGUGAGGUCUCCACAGUGCUAUACGAAGGUGUGGGCCAACCAUUUGGAUCCUCUCAUUCUACUGAAAUAAGGGUGUGGCAUAAACAUUAGCGAUCUGUUAUCACAGUGUCCGUGUUACUCUAACAAUACAGAAUCUUUAGAGGCAAGCGCAAAGUUGUUUAUGACACGUCCGCGCAGGGGAUUCUGCGCAGCGUGUCCAGUGAAUAGACAAGUUGCGGCGAUGGCAGACCAGUGGAGGGUCCAGGGUCUGCCUGCCAUGCAUGCCCGCCGGAUUAAGCAACAGAAUGCGCUGGCUGAAGAUGGGAGUAGCAAUGCCGCUGUGGGACACACGGUGAAAAAGAUGUUAAAAUGUGUGGUGGUCGGCGAUGGAGCUGUGGGGAAAACCUGUUUGCUGAUGAGCUACGCGAACGACGCUUUCCCUGAGGAAUAUGUACCGACCGUAUUCGAUCAUUACGCAGUGAACAUCACUGUAUCAGGAAGGCAACACCUGCUGGGACUGUAUGACACUGCAGGACAGGAGGACUACAACCAGCUGCGGCCGCUCUCCUACCCAAACACAGAUGUUUUCCUCAUCUGCUUCUCCGUGGUCAACCCGGCGUCCUAUCACAACGUCCAGGAGGAGUGGGUGCCGGAGCUCAAGUCCUGUAUGCCCCACAUCCCCUACAUACUUAUCGGCACUCAGAUUGAUCUGCGAGAUGACCCCAAAACACUGUCUCGGCUGCUGCAGAUGAAGGAAAAGCCUCUGACUUACGAGCAGGGCCUCAAACUAGCCAGAGAGAUCGGAGCCCAGUGCUACCUGGAGUGCUCGGCGCUGACCCAGAAGGGCUUGAAGACGGUGUUUGACGAGGCCAUCCUGACCAUCUUCAGCCCGAAGAAGAAGAAGAAGAGGUGCCGCUGCUCGCCCUGCUACAGCUGUUGCACCAUCGUAUGAUGAUGAGCUGCCAAGCCUUGGGCAGCUCCAUCCAUCCAUGUUAUCUCCCGCUCUAUCUCCAUCUCCAUCUUCGUCUCCAUGUCCAUGUCCACACGCCCUCUCCAACCUCCAGGGCCGCUGACAGCUUUGGCUGGGCCCAGGACAAAGUCAUCUGAAAGGGUCCCCCCAUCCAACAAAUAUAAUGUAAUGAGGACCCAAAUCUGGGCCCCUACUCGCCCUGAGCCUGGGACACAUGACCCCUUUGCCCCCCCUGUCGGCUUCCCUGCCAACCUCUAUCUCACACCUGAAGGCCACACCUGACUCUUUUGUCUCCAGAGUGGAGAGGCAUGUGACCUCCUACACCACCAUAUCAGCUCUCUAGAGAUGGGAUUUACUUGCCUGAUUGUCAUCGACUCUCAAAUCUCCUCGAGACUUGAUCUGACCAAGAGCAGAGCAAUUAGCAUUUACCAAACGGCAUGGUUGGCACGUCUCCCUAGGUUGGCUACAACGCUGAAGGUGUUGCGUCACUAGGAGGGCGUGGCCUGGCUAGGGAUUUAUGAGAACUGUUUUUUAAUCACAUACUCAAAACGAACAGAUGUAAUUUGUUUCUCAUCGUUCACGCCCAGAAGCUGUUCAAGAAAAAAAUGGUUUGUGCACGAGCAUCCCAAUGCUAGACCUCUCUAGCCUGUGGACAUCCAUGUAUCUCCUUGCCUACAUGCUUCCUCGCCAACCUCCCAGUCACACCUGAAAGACCACCUGGGAAACUCCAACUCCCAUUGUCAUUGUGACACAGCACUUCACAAACACACAAGUGUUCACUGCACACUGCACACAAUGAAAUAGCAUUUCAUGCCUCAGCCGUGCAAGGGGGCAGAGCCCAAUGGCGCGCCAAGGGAGCAAUGCAGCGGAACCUACAACCUUUGGGCUACAAGUCCGACACCCUUGCCGCUUACCCAUGACUGCCCGCAAUGUGGCCUACAAUACAGAUCCACUUGCUGUUUCCAGAGAUGUCCUCUCCUAAUGUUGUUGCCACCUGUCUCGCUUGCCUUCCCUGAUCGUCCCGGAACCUCUGUGGGGAUCGUCCUGGAAUCUCUCAUCACUGUCUGUCUGUCUGUCCGUCCGUCUUGGCAGUCAGUCUGUCCAUCUCCACCCACACACAAACACUCAGUGGCGAUCCUGCAACUAUUUGUGCCAAGGGCA